AACCAUGGUACCGCUGGGGAGGGGAUGGCAAGAAAGUGCCUGUAACCCGAGUUUAGCCAGCUUUUGGGAUUUUCUUCAUACGGGUGAAUGGGACAGCCUAUAGGACCAAGCAGCAUUGUUGGUACCAUGGGCGAGAAUGGCCCGCUCACUGAGACAGCCAUGUUCUUUGAGGAGGAUGAAGACGAAAUCGACAAACUAGGCAAAGAUGAGGCCGGCAAGGAGAACUCUUUCAUUUCUGAGCCCUCAUCUUCCUCAGCACGGGUAUAUGAUCAGACUACAGUGCUUAUAGAGCAGGACCCUAUUCGACUGGAUGAGGAGGGAGAGGAGGAUGGCCACUGUGGGGCAGAUGAGGAUGGCGAGGCUUUUCUGGCCGAUGAAGAUGAGGAGGGGUCGCUGGCCUUCAUGGCUGAUCCAGAUGGUAUGGCACAGGGCUACAUACACCACACCAUCUCACCCGACCAGAUCCAGUUCAUCAUCAACCCUGGGUCCACACCCAUGCCUCGCAACAUUGAAGGAGCCACUCUUACACUGCACUCAGAAUGUCCAGAGACUAAGCAAAGAGAGGUGAAAAGGUACCAGUGCACGUUUGAGGGCUGCACACGCACCUACAGCACGGCGGGCAACCUGCGCACACAUCAAAAAACACACCGUGGUGAAUACACCUUUGUUUGCAACCAGCAGGGCUGUGGCAAAGCCUUCCUCACGUCUUACAGCCUAAAAAUCCAUGUUCGAGUGCAUACUAAAGAAAAGCCCUUCGAGUGUGAUGUGCAGGGUUGUGAAAAAGCCUUCAACACACUUUACAGGCUGAAGGCACAUCAGCGGCUGCACACGGGGAAGACGUUUAACUGUGAAUCAGAAGGAUGCACAAAGUACUUUACCACUCUGAGUGACCUGAGGAAGCACAUUCGCACCCACACAGGAGAGAAGCCGUUUCGGUGUGAUCAUGAUGGCUGUGGUAAAGCUUUUGCUGCUAGUCACCACCUCAAAACACACGUGCGGACACACACUGGAGAGAAGCCUUUUUUCUGCCCUAGUGAUGGCUGUGAAAAGACAUUUAGUUCACAGUACAGUCUCAAGAGUCACAUUCGGGGCCAUGAUAAAGGCUUACCAUACAUGGUCACCCUCACCCAUCCUCUCUCAGAUGAUACAAAUCAUUCUCUGUGCCUCAGUGAUUUAAGCCUCAUUUCCACAGACUCUGAGGUCCGAGAAAAUCUCAACAAUUCUCAAAGCUUGAAUAACAUCACUGCUGUGAAGAUAUUCGAGUUGAUGUUGCAGAGCCCUGAAAACAGCAUAAAUCAUGAGGAGUCUCAUCCCUCUGAUAACCUAGUGGAGGCUUUUGGCUUGGACACACCACCACGGACUUCUGUGCCAGACCCUACUCUUUCCUUCUCUCAGCUGCCUUUAUCAUCUUCUUCUUCCAGCUCUCUCAACACCCCUGUCUUUGAGAACUCCAUACAGCCAUGCUGCUCCUCAUCACAGACAUCUUCCACCAGCAGCUCCACACACACCUCUCCACAGACUACCACCUUCCCCUCUUUCCUCCAUACCUCACUACAAUCACCAGAAGUGCCCACUCCUGCUGCACCUGCCGUCACUCAACACUACGUACCAGUGGUCCCCUCAACCCCAACCAGCUCCCUGCCAGGCUCUGUCCCAAAUGUGGUCAGCGUCUCCAGUACUGCAUCAACCAUCAGCCCGGGACCAGCAGCAGUGAUAACGCAGACAGUGCCUUUAGCAGGCAAUGCCAGCAUUGCACCCGCACCCACGCCCACCCCCACCAUCACCAUUGCGCCCACGCAGGGCCUCCUGCAGCCCAGCCUUGUCAUGUCUGACCAGAACCUACAGUGGAUCCUCAGCAGUGCAGCCAAUGCUCAGCACAACCCUGAACAACAGGGCCCAAAAGUUGAAAAGGUAUUCUUUACAACAGCCAUACCAGUAGGUGGAUCUUCAGGUAACCCUGUGCAGCGAAUCGGCCUUAGUCUCCCCGUCAUCAUCAUUAAACAGGAGGAGUCUUGCCAGUGUCACUGUGCAUGCAGAGACUCGGCUAAAGAAAGGAGCUCCAAUCAGACUGUUCCCUCCUCACAGCAGGAGUUUAAAGACACUUCUCAACCACCUCCACCUCCUCCUUCUCCACCUCCUCCUUCUCCACCUCCUCCACCUCCUCCUUUAGUCACACAGGCUGUUUCACAGUGCUGUUCCAGCAAGAUAAAUCCGCCUCUUACCUCUGUUUGUACUCAGACUAUCAACACUGAGACACUGGUUUCCAGUAGCCCCUUGGACAACCUGUCUAAUAUGGAUGUGGUGGACCUUCUCAGCCCUGAGACCACUGCAAACAUUGAGGCUCUGCUUAUGGUUGCUGAUGAAUUCUCCAUGGGUGAGAACAGCAGCGCCAACGCAACCUAGAGGAAGCUACAAGUGGAAAAACUGAAAAAAAGUCUUUUUUCCCUUCUUCAUUUCUUUUAACAUUAUUUCUUAUGCAUUUUCUUUUUAAGAGUACCUUCACACUGCAGCAAAGCUGAAUGCUAACUUGCCAGCAUUCAAAAUUACAUUAAAUGCAAGCAGGUUCAUCAAUGCGUAGUUCAGGACAUGCAGAGUUUGUGCAUUAAUAUAUUGUAGCUUUUAAGAUUAAUUUAAUUCCAUCAAGUAAAAAUAAAAGUCAUGUAAAAUGAU